CGCGCAGAGAGCGGCUGGAAGGUGGGGGACCUGUGCCCAGGAUUUUCCGUCCUGGGCAGCUGUCGGUGUGUCACUUUCGGGCGACGUUUCGGGACGCUGGCUGCGUAACGCACCCUCUCUGGCGGGGUCUCCAGGCCCCCGCCGGCGACUGUACCAGCCGCAGCCCGCGCGGGCCUCAGUCUCCGCCUCCGUGCAAUGGGGCGCCUCGCCCCGAGGGCCGGAUACCCCGUCGCCCCGCAGCGCCCACCGGCUCGGCCUCCCGGGGCCCGGCUCCCACCGCCCGCGAACCGGGCCGGAGCGCGGGACCGCCAGCCCCCCGGCCGCACGGCCCGGUGUCCACCCGGAGUCCGGGAAGAUGGCGUCGGGCGCUGGUCCCCGCCGGGACCCGGGGCGCCCCGAGUCGCCCCGAGUCGCCGCGCACCUGCCAGGGGCCGGAGAAGGGCUUUAUUGUGGCCGCGGGGAAGUCCGGAACAGGAACUGCGCGCGGAGCGGGGGCGCGGCCGCCGCCCGGCACCUGCCCUCCGCCUGCACAGAGAAGAAAUGUCUCACGCAGGACCCCUCUCCAGGAACGUCUUUUUGAGCACCUUCCUGCAGGAGCAUGGCCCGGAAGUUCUGGACGUUCCUGGCAUGACCGAUCUCGUGGAGUACUAUGAUCCUGGGCCCUCCCCUAACAGCAACAGCCCCGACGAUGUGGCCAUGCGGCUGGCCUUCAUCGGGGACGAGAUGGAGGUGAGGUGGAUGAUGCCCCGCGUUGGCGAGCUGCCCGGGAUGGCCGUGUACAGCUUGGCCUUCACCUACAACCAGACGGGCCUGAGAGGUGUUCUCAGGAGUCUCAUGGCUGGUCUGGCCAACCUCAGGGAGAACAUACGGAUCUGGGGCUUCCUGACCCUCAGGAGCAGGGUGUCCCCCAACUCGGGGCGCGGGCUGGCGCUGUCCCUGCUGCUGCUGGUGCUGCUGCUGGGCUGGGGGCUCCACCUCCUCCAGUGACUGUCCCCUGCUGCUCAGCACGGGGGCGGGGCUGGCCUCGCCCCCCCUGACCACCACCCUGGAGGUGGCCUCAGUUGGUUUUGUUGUCUUUUUAACUGUUUUCUGAUGAUCCCUUUUUUUUUAUAUUUAAACUCUGAGUGCUGGGACACUACUGAGGUUUCAUACUAGUUUUUUCUUUUUCUUUUUGUAAGAGAAAUGAAUUCAUUAUACCUCUGGGGUCGUUACUGGGUAACUGCCCGCGCCAAGGCCUGGCUGGGCCUGCUCUCCGGGCCCCACGCUGCGCAGUGGCCGGUCCUUCCUCUAGCAGGUCGGUCACACAGCGGGCAACGGGGGGAGUGCUGGCCGCACCCCCGUGUCUGUGAUGCCCGCAGCAAAGAAUCUGCUGGAAUAGAUUUGGGAGGGGUAGGAGAGCUCAAUAAAAUGUUGGUUUCCA